AAAUAGUUGGUAAUAAUAAUUGAAAUUUAUACCCUUUGUACCUUUUUACUAAUGGUUUAAUAAUGUAACGAAUGGUGUGAAAUAAUUGAUCAGAGUCACCGAAACGGCGAUGGCGCCGAAGAUGUUAACCUCUAAACGACGGAAAGAAGUAGAAAAUCAUGGAGGAGGCACUGAUCGGAUGAGUAGUUUACCGGACUCUGUACUGUGCAACAUCCUAUCGUUUCUCCCAACGAGAACAUCUGUGGCUACCAUGAGUCUCGUGUCUCGCAGGUGGCGUCACCUAUGGCAGCAUCUGCAGGUUUUCUACUUCGAUGACGAAUUAGUCCAAGGGUCAAAAAGGAUUGACAAAUUUACAUUUUUCGUGAAUGCUGCGCUCGCCUACCGCAAAUCCCGCAACAUUCGAAAGUUUCAGCUCAAUUGCUACAUCUCUAGAUCUCAACGUGUUUGUCAGUUUCGUCGUGACUGCGCCAAUAUGUGGAUCGGUGCUGCCAUUAACCCCACCCUUGAAGAACUGUCUCUCUCCAUUACCGACGACAUUUGGGGUUCGAAGGUGCUCUCCCCCGUGCUUCUCCCUCCUUCGCUUUUGAAUUGCACCAAUCUUGUUUCCCUCAGUCUUGUAGGUGACAUCGGAAUGAAUGUUCAAGGUUUUGAGCUUCAUUUUCCAUCACUUAAGUGGCUCAAACUCGAUGCAGAUAUUGUCGAUUCCGAAAUUGUCUUGCUCUCUGCCUGCCCCAUCCUUGAAACUUUGCAGCAUAAGGACUUUCUGCCUGGAACUUGGGCCAGAGAUCAUGUGUCACCUUCCUCCCAGAGGUUGAAUUCCGCCGAUGGGAGUUUCUCUUGGACUUUUCUUGAAGUAGAUUAUUUCCGCAAUGGUGCCAGCAAAUAUACACCUGGCGUCACCGGCAAUGGGUACUUUCAUCGUGCCAACAAAACAACAUUGGGCAUCAUUGGCAACUUGCAGAGUAUGGUGGACGCAUGCAUUGACUUCUUUCCCUUACAAAUAAGUCAAUCUGUCGACCCUAUUCUCAAACGCAUCCAAACCUCCUUCAAUGAGUUAGAUAUACAAUUGCAUCAUUCGAUAUCAAAGUGCUCACUUCGCCCUCAGGUUCUAAAUCAUCCAGAAUUUCGCAAUCUACUUCAUCUAAAGUUCAUGCUUCCAUGUUUCAACACAAAUCUUCUAGUCGACGUGCUUGAGAAGUGUCAUAUGAUUCAAGUUUUCAUAAUCCAGAGCAACAAGGAGGAACAACCACCUUUAAGGACAUGGGACCCAAAGUCAACAACAGUUCCUAAGUGUCUCAAGUUCCACCUGACUUAUAUUCACAUAGAAGGAUAUCAAGGAUUUGAAGAUGAGUUGACAUUUGCUGAAUAUAUUUUGCGGAACGGAUAUGCUUUGGAGACAAUGCUUAUUUUUGUUGAUGCUUCAAUGGAACAAUCAAAUAAGUACUGUUCUCUGAAAAGAUUAACUGAAGUACCAAGGAGAUCCAGCAGGUGCCGACUUAAAUUUGACCCAGCUGUAUCUUCUUAAGUGCGGAUUUGGAGUGCCAUGAUUUCGGAUGCUGGCAAAAUCAUGUUUGGUCAAAUGCUUGGGGCUUCAUUAGAAAGAUGACACUGAUAUGAUAUCAAAACAUAUAAAUAUGUAUUUUGCAUUUCAGUUAGUAAGGUUUUUUGGUUGGCUAAUAUCAAAACAUGGUAUGUAAAAGGUCAUACCAAUUUUGUUGAAAAUCAUUGGAGAAUGUCACUCAUCAUCUUUAAAUAUGGGAUUUUGUUGGAGUCACUUGUUUAGAGUGGCUAUUCAUUUGUGGCUAA